UAGUAGAUAAAAAAAAUCUGGCAAUAAUAGGUUUGACAUCUAGUGUCACUGUCAGUCAUGUCAAAACUUCAAACUUCAAAAUCAAAAGCAAGCAAGAGUGUCAUCUCGGGCGUGGAUUGGAUAGUGCGUUGGUCGGUGGUGUUGUUAUUCAAAAAUGUAGUUAUGUAGUAAAAUGUGCGGAAAUUAUUCAAAUUAUGCUAAUUUCUCUUAUCAAAGACUUCCAUAUUAUAACUUUAAGUUUAAAGUGGUUGUGUGCUGCUGAAGUGACAUAAUUAUUUGUUUACUUUAAUCAGGAUUUUUAGUUUAAGUUAACAACAUGCCCAAAAUUCAUGUACCAGCUACUCUUCUGGUCCGAGUAGUGCUGCCAAGUGCACUGCUAGUCAGUAUAGCACUACGCCCGUUCGGUUUAUCAUUUAUAUACCUCCUCCUCUACUUAAUAGCACCUCUAACACAAGUGCCAUCCGCGCAAACGAUACGAGGAUGGCCGGGCAAGUUUCUUUGUUUAACCUUAGUGGUUUCAGCUCUGCUUUUACUAUUACACGUAGCAUGGCACAUAGUACUGGCCGCGUUCCCGCCCUAUGGGUCGCUGCCACACGAAAACUACCUCGUAGAAAUUAUCGGUCGGAACUUGGGCCUGGUGCCCUAUGAUUUUAUAGAUCCAACAAUGGCCAUACAAUACUUGGCACCGGAGUUAUUGAUGGCUAUCGUUUCGUCGUUGGUAUAUGUGUUGGUAAAAAAGUUGCUGUCGGGACCAAACCAACCUGAAGAAAAGCCACACUCAAAACAUCAGAAGUAUCCGCUCCUCACCAGUGCCGGCAAAUACCUAUGCCUCUUCCUAAUAAUGUUCUCCGGCAUCAUGCUCCCAAGCGUGACGUCAGGGAUCUACUUCCUCAUAUUCAUGGGCGCGGCGACGGCCUGGUCGCUGGGCCAGCCGCUAGAGCGCGGCUUCGCGGUGGUCGGCCGCUGCCUCAUGGCCAUUAUGGCGGUGCAUAUAGCGGUGCUGCUCGCCUAUCAGUGCACAUGGCUGCUGGAAUUAUAUCCGCCGGAAAUGAACUUGGCGAGGUAUUUCGGUCUAACACAGUUGGUAAACCUCACCGCGACCAACCCUGCGAGUUUUUCCUACGAAACGACAAGCAAGUACUCCUGGGCGACUGUAGCCAGCCCAUUAGUUAUACUCUUCACUUACUACGCGUUAGGAGUAGAGACGCGGGAACUAUUCAAACCAAAGGCUACAAAUCUACAAUUAGAAAAGUCUUCUACGUACUACCAUCAAAAUACCACCUAUCGUCAGUGGCCAAAUAGCCCUACUAAAAUUAUGAUGUUUAAAACUCCAAAGAACGCGCCACAGAUCAGACUGAUCCGCAACAUGAGCCCCAGCAAGCGGUGGCCGGCCGGGCGGUCGCGCUCGUCCAUCAGGAGGCUGCAGCAGGACCCGUCCGGUUCCGUCACUAUUCCAGAUGAAGAAUCUAAUACUGAAUUCAACGAGCCAACACUGAUGGAUGAUAUAUUAGCUGCUGUAGUAGAUUUCUUCCAAGUUGUGAUCAGGUCGUCGUACAUAGCGACCACGAUCACAAUGAUGGCGUGGAGCAUAAUGUACCACUCGUGGUUGACGUUCGUGUUCCUGAUGUGGGCCAACAUCGUGUGGCUGUGCCAGGACCAGCGCUCCUUCAUGCUGAAGACAAGCCCCGUGCUGGUGCUGUACGCCGUGCUGCUGCUGCUCGCGCAGUACAUCUACGGCAUGAAUCUUACGGAAGCCGAGCUGCCAUCGUCUAUUUAUAAUGAAACGGGCAUCAACUUACAGCAGAUAGGUCUAAGUCCACCACCCAGAAUGCCCUUCGUGCCUCUACUAAUCAAGUCCCUCUUCACCUGCAUGUUCUGGGUGACGCUCCGUCAGCGCGUGCAGGAGAUCAGACAGCGGCGUCAGUCCGCCGUUAUCACGGACAUGGCGGCGCCGCUGCAGCUGACUGUGUCUACUGCGGCCAGUGUGAUAGAAGCGCAGCGUGAAGAAGAACAACGUUCGCGCUUGUUGAUCAAAGUAGGAGAUUUCCUCAGGGCAGCUUGCGCUCGUUACUGGAUAUACGUGGUCGUCAUUAUGCUGUUCGUUAUUGGUAUCACGGGCACCAGGAUGACUAUCUUCAGAAUCGUCUACAUGUUCUUAUGCCUCGGAUUUAUACUCAUGUUCCAAAUGAGCUGGUACUGGUGGCGACGACUGAUGUAUAUCUUCUGGAUAACAGUGAUCAUAUACUCCAUGAUCAACCUCAUUCUCAUCUACAUAUAUCAAUUCGACGGCUUCCCCAACACUAUAGAGAAGUAUCUUCACAUCUCCGUACAACUGCAAAAUGACCUCGGGUUGGAGCCAUACCAUCCCGCGGACUUGUUCGUCAAGCUUCUCACACCCACUUGCUUUUUGAUAAUAACAAUAAUGCAGGUGCACUACUUCCAUAAAGACUUUAUGGCCCUUUCAGACCCGAACACUACUACAAAUACUAAUAGUAUAGUCAGAAAUGGAAAUGAGUCGAGCAGACCGAGCAACGCUGGCGCUUCGACCAUGAAGGACGAUGUGCCACCAUUGCCACUUGAGGAGGAAGCGGACAAAGUAUCCGCGGCAGGUUCUAUUACCGAAGCGGAACAGUCGUUAUCUACGUAUAAUACUAAACGUAAUUUGCACAGGAAACCAUCUCGGUCGCGAUCCUACGCACCCACGAUCACGGAGCCCCAGUCCACACCGUUCCGGCAGUGGUGCGCGCGGAAAGGCGCCUCUUUCAAGGCCUGCCUGUACGAGUGGAUCGACUACGUGUUCAUGUAUAUGUACUUGCACCUCACUAAAGUUGUGUUCCUGUCUCUCACGCUGGUUUGUGUUAUGCGGGUAUGCGCAAUGCAUGUACCUAUCAUGCUAAUCGUAGCACCCGCGCUACUGCUCAACGGCAAGAAACAGCGAAUCAUUAUCCUCUUCAUAUCCACACUUAUCACAGUUUACUUCAUGGCAAAGAUGGUGUAUCAAAUAGAAUACAUCCGGCCUAGUGUAUUUGAUGUCAACUGUACUAGCUACGAUGAAUCAAAGGAAACCACAUAUAACAACGCAGAAUGGCUCGGUUUCACGAAAAACCGAAACUUGGCAGUGCUGCUUAAAGACUACAUAGGGCUUAUAGUCGUGUUCACAUUCCAUUCUCUAGUCACGUACCGACAGCAAACAAAAAGAGAUCAAGGAUGGACAUCCAAUCAACAAGAGAAGGUUCUGUUUCCAGAGGUCACGCGGAAGGAAGCUGAUAUUAACUUGGUUUACUGUGCAAAGUACAUGAUCAACUAUGGUUUUUACAAGUUCGGUGUUGAGGUGACCCUAAUAUGCUUAAUAGGUGUAAUAGGAUCGCGUAUGGACAUAUAUGCGGUACUGUACUCCUUCUGGCUGCUACUCUUGGUGUCCCUCAAGAGACCGAGCCAAGCGCGGGUGUGGACGGCUUUCACUGUAUUCAUCACGAUCCUGGUGCCUGUACAGUACAUGAUAGCGGUUGGGUUCUUACCUCAGUUCUGCGUCACGUAUCCAUGGGGAACGGAUACUGCUGGGAACAAAGAUCUCCGAACAUUCCUGUUCCUCCCAUACGCUGACAAUCCGCCUCACGCCACCAAGCUCGUCUUCGAUUUUUUUUUGUUGGUGUUUGCGUCGCGACAACUUCGUGUAUUCAGACUCGAACGAAGGGGCGAAGAGUAUCCGGGAGGGUCGAACAGCGAGGAUAUAGGACAGGACUGGGAGACGCCGAGCUUCGUCAAUCCUGUGCCGGACUUCCUCGGCGUUGUCGGCACUUGGCUGGACGUGUUAAAGCGCAUGGUGUUCCUGGGCAUGCUGUGGGUGACUCUGGCCAUCAUGUUCCUGACGGGCACGAACCGCGUCAACCUGUUCUCCAUGGGGUAUCUCAUCGGCUCGUUCAUCUUCCUGUGGCAAGGGACGGACUUCUAUUUGAGACCGAAGCAGGCUAUUUUACAAUGGUGGUCAUGGCUGCUUCGCUACAACGUGUCUGUAGUGGCGAUAAAGGUGAUACUGCAAAUCCCAGGUUGCCUGUUCCGCGAGACCACACAACUCCACGCCUGUUGGCUGGUGCAACUGCUGGGUAUAGGCUGCGUGGACAAGUUUGCCGGCACACUUGGAAGUUUCAUUAAGAUGGAAAGUUAUAACAAGAACACAAAAUGCACAGUACCUCAAGAAGACAUCGGCCUGGCUUGGGACGGCGUGUGCUUCGCCUUCCUAAUAUUGCAGCGGAGACUCUUCCACAGUUACUACUUCUACAGAGUCAUCGAUGAAAGCAAAGCCACUACCGUUCUGGCGUCCAGAGGAGCCGAACUUAUUGAAGAGCUGCGGCAAAAACAAAUGCAUCUCCAAGAGGACCAGGAAAUCAGGAUAUUAGAAAAGAUCAAAGUAAAGAUGGAGAGAAUAAAAGCUAACCAGAAAAAGAUCCACGGGGUUUUGAACAAGGACCCGAAACACCAUGAUCGAGAAGAGGAGGAGUCGGACACGCAGCCGGGCGACACGGAGGCGGUGCCGCUGGUGCGCGGCGACUCGGAGUCGCGCGGCUUCCACACGCCCGACAGCCCCGCUUCCCCCCGCGGCUUCCACACCCCUCUCAGCGAGCCUUCCGCGCCUCCGUCCAGAGUCCACACCCCGCCGCCUGUGCCCCGCCCUCUCACGCUCCCCGCGCUGCCUCCUCCUCCCAGUUCCCAAGGCGGCCCUCCGUCGCCUUCCUCCGCCUUGAUGACCGUAUCCCUAGACGCAUACCUGGAACCGCGCCGAAUUUCCUUCGAAUCCCCCCCGUCCUCCGAUCUCCUCCCUCGUGCUCAAAGCCCGGAAGAAUCCUACCCUGUCUUCUCCCCCCCUCCGAUCCGACGCCGCCAUACAGUAGCCAGCCCGAGCCUCCUGCGCACCUCGCUCAUUUCGCAGUCGAGCCGCGCCGAGCCUAACUCUCAUCAUACGUCGGUUCGUUCUGGAGACUACUACAUGUUCGACGACUUCGAUGACACUGAGGUCCCUCUUAAAGAGGAAGAGUCAAGCGAAGACGAGGACGCACCUAAGGAAAUGGGCCUGGGCAAGCUACUGUCCACGGCGAUCAAGACGGACUUGAAGCAGGCGGUGCGCCGCGCCUCCAUGCCGACCGUGCGCUCGCGGCGCCGCCUCUCCGCCGGGAGCAUUCCUCACUCUUACCCGCAUGAGAUGCGUCGACAACCAAGCGUCGCACAGAAGAGCGACUUAACGGAGCAAGAACGAGAAGGUGAUCGUGACGCGGUUUCAGAACUAGACGACUUCGCGCCGGAGCCGGAGAAAGAAACGGUAGUGGACAAAGGCCGGCGCUACUGCAACACAGCGUGGGUGGUCAUCUCCAGUUUCCUCGUGACGGCGACGCGGCAUCUCAUGCGCUUCUCCAGGGACUACCGCUACGUCUCUCGAGCUCUGUCCAUGGAGAAGAAGAUACUCAAGGAAAAAGAAGGCUUUGGUAUAGGACUUCGAGAGGGCUCGCAAAUGAUCUGGGAACCCCUGCCGGAGACCCUAGCACACCCUGUGCACUUGGAACCGGAAACUUAUGAUAACAAUCUACUCGCCCCGGAAGUGGAAAUGGGCCGUAAGUUAAGCGAUAUAAGCGUCCCGGAGAUCCGUAUCCUGGCGCCGAGCAUGGAGCGCGGCCUGGACGCGACGCCGCCGUCGCGGCGCGCGUCGCCGCCCGCGCUCUCCGACACCGACUCCGAUGAAGAUGAUACGUCCGAACAUGAGAGCGCGUUUAGCUUGCAGAGUACUGAGAGCAAGGACCUGACGAUACUUGAAGAACAAGAGGACUCGAUGUUCAAGCAGGGCCGCUCGCCAUUCCUGCAUCUCGCGUACGCGCUGUGGUUCGCCGUCUUGGCGCACACCGACAUUGUUUGCUACAUCAUGGUUUUCAUAAACCAGAUUCAGUCAGCGACAAUUUUAUCGAUACCUUUGCCGUUGAUGGUGUUUCUGUGGGGCACCCUCACCAUACCUCGACCGACCAAGACGUUUUGGGUUACUCUCAUUGCAUAUACGGAGGUAAUCGUCCUCAUCAAGAGUAUGUUCCAAUUCGAAAUACUACCGUGGAACCAGAAGGUUUACCUCGCCAACAUGCCGUUUACUGCCCCACGCAUCAUCGGCAUCGAACGAAAAGGCAAUUAUGCCCUCUACGACCUGCUGUUACUACUCAUUAUAUUCUUACACAGGUUCAUGUUGAAAUCCCUGGGUCUAUGGAAGGAAUCCAGCCCUGAAAUCGAUCUCCGCGAGGACACGGAGUACCCGCUCACGUCCGAAGACACGCAGAUGAUCGUAGAAGGCAAGUCGGAAGACGUCGGCAAGAAGUACGUGCAGUUGCAUGAUCGAUCCGGCCCCCUUGGCGAGGCAGAGGAGAGACAGAGCGAGAGAACAGGCUCAAUCCGAAAUGAUCCCGACGACGAUCAGGAAAGGGAGCAAAUAUACCAGGAGCAGGAGGCCGGGCCGUCCAGGGCGCCCGAGGAUGGCGACGACCAUUACAAAGUGAAUGACGACGAGGAACCUAUCAUCGCCGUGACGACGACGCUCGGCGACAAAUAUCAACAUUAUCCUGAACUCAUGUGGCUGUCGCUGAAGCGCUACAUGCGGCCGAUGAAGAGCUUCUUCCAGCGAAUGCUAGCGCCGGGCGCGCGCGUGACCGCCGACGUGUACGCCUACAUGUUCCUGUGCGACUUCUUCAACUUCCUCGUCGUCAUCUUCGGCUUCGCUGCCUUCGGGACCCACCAGGGCGACGGAGGCGUAAAAGCGUACCUAGAAGAGAACAAAGUCCCGAUCCCGUUCCUCGUGAUGUUGAUCCUCCAGUUCGCGCUAAUAGUCAUCGACCGUGCGCUGUACCUGCGCAAGUUUAUGUUGGGGAAGAUCCUCUUCCAGUACGGGCUCAUUAUAGGCGUGCACAUUUGGAUGUUCUUCGUACUGCCCUUCAUUACUGAAAGAACAUUCAACGCAUUGCUUCCGCCUCCAAUGUGGUACAUGAUCAAGUGCGUGUACCUGCUGCUGUCCGCGCAUCAGAUCCGCUGCGGGUACCCGCGCCGCAUCAUCGGCAACUUCCUUUGCAAGUCGUACGGUUUCCUCAACAUGGUCUUUUUCAAGUGUUUCAUGGCAAUACCGUUCGUGUUCGAGCUGCGGACACUAAUGGACUGGAUUUGGACGGACACGUCCAUGACACUCAUGGACUGGCUCAAGAUGGAGGACAUAUUCGCGAGUGUCUUCCUACUAAAGUGCUCCCGCUUCGUGGAAGACGAGUACCCGGCGCCGCGCGGCACGAAGCGGCCCGCCAUGUCCAAGUACCUGCUCGGCGGCACCGUGCUCGCCUUCGUUAUUGCCAUCAUCUGGUUCCCGUUGGUCUUCUUCGCUUUUGGCAACACGGUGGGAAAACCCAACCCCCCAACGGACGUGACGGUUAAAAUACGAAUCGGACCGUUCUUGCCCGUGUACCAGAUGUCGGCACAAUCCCAUGACAUUUAUCAGUACACAGAGCAGGACUACAACCAGCUAAGCAACCUAUACGGCCGCGACCGUACCGCGCAGACGUUCCUCUCCAACUACAUGUACAACGACGUGGCGGUCAUCAACCUCAACCCCAACUCCACCAUGAACUGGGACAUCUCGCAGCCCGAGCUCGACCGGCUCGAGCGUGAGGCCAUCUCUAACAAUUCGCUUUUGAUCAAGUUCACGUUUACAAUAUCGCACCCGAGCAACAACGCACAGAACCCGCCCACCAUAGAGGACAGCCGCGAGAUGCCGCUCGAGGCGUUCUACGCCAACGGCACUAGGAACCAGGAGAGAGACACGCUGCUUCACCUGUUGCAGAACAAUGCUUCGUCUGACACUUGGUUGAACGUUCCAAAACUGUUUCCCAAGUUCUUGAAAGUAUUCAACAAAGGAACGGCGAAACCGGCCUAUCAGUUGAUACCUGGAGACCCAGAGGACGAAUCGACUCAGUAUCGCGACGUACAGUUGAGGUUGGAGAGAGACAAGGGUACUAUGUAUUGGAGAGUACAGGAAUUUUGCAAGGAAAAGGACGAGCUGCUGAACAUACCAAUGAACAGUUGCGACAUGCUGGUCAUGUUCACGUUCAACGACAAGCUGUUUCCAGAGACGCUCAACUUUAUUUCUGGCGGAGGGAUAAUCGGUCUGUACACGACGUUCGUGUUCCUGGCGUCGCGGCUGCUGCGCGGCUUCUUCUCCGGCAUCUACACCAAGAUCAUGUUCGACGACCUGCCCAACGCCGACAGGGUGUUGCAGCUCUGUCUGGACAUCUACUUGGUCCGAGAAGCCUUGGAACUCGCGCUCGAAGAGGACCUAUUCGCGAAACUAGUGUUCCUGUACCGGUCGCCGGAGACCAUGAUCAAGUGGAGCCGGCCCAAGGACGACGACGCCGACGAGCAGCGCGCGCUGCCGCCGCUGCCGCGCAACUGAACGCUGCCGGCGACUUCGCUCCUCAUCUUUAUUGCUAUGUGAUAAGGUCCGUCACAGCUAGUAAUUAUCUUAUGUUUUCAACGUAAAAAUAAUGUGAGAAUCUCAAUGUUUACUUGCUAACUUGGCGUCCUGACUGAAAGUAGCACUACUCGCACAGUACAAUGGCGCCCGUAAUGUAUUGACGUUACGCCUGACGUCGUACGUAGUAAUUUAACUAGGUAUGCGGUGGAGUUUACAGACAUCUUUACAAGCCAACGUUCCAAAAAUAUAUUUUCACGACCUUAUUGUCAGUGUCUUCGAGGCGUGAAGAUGUUUGUGAACUCGACUGUUCCAGGUUGAUGGGCAUCUUAGUGACUCAGAUAAUUUAAUUUUCACACUAACUACUAGCUUUUCUGCAAAGUCGACACAUGCACACAUACAUUUACAAGGAAAAUAAUUUACCUUUUAGUAAAGCCUGUGAUCAGCAGUGGGUCAUAGGUAAUAAGCUAAUGAUGUUAGUUAAGUAAUUAUCAAUUGGCGUCACCUAAUUUGUUCUAGUCGUCCUUAUAACAACUUUUAAAAUUAACGAAUUCACUUGACAUUUAAACUAUUACGUCCACCCUUUUUUAUGAACAAAAAUGUUAAACAUAAAAUACGCUUAAGUUUCCAUAAUUUUACAUGUCAAUGCAGUAAUUUACAUGUGUAUUAAACACAUAAGUUGUACAGCAUAUAUAAGAGUAACUGCUGUACUUCAAUAAGUGCGUAGAUGAAACUCGAAUUGUUUUAAACCUACCUACUAUGUAAAUUCACUCCAAAUACUUAGGUCGCUUUAGCUGUUGCACUCAUAAAGGUAAUACAAUCUUGUAGUGGUCGUUGGUUCGCGAUAGUCAUGUGUUCGCUAUCAAAAGAACCUAGGUAUAUUUUAAGGACUCGUCAUAUUUUUUGCGUUCUAAACUAAAUAAUCUCUCCUCUCUUGCAACUGAAGUACUACAUUAUUUUUCUCAAAAUUUCUGUAAAAUACACAUAAGAUAGCUAUAGGCACUUACAUAAAUUAUUUUCAUGCAUUAUACUUAGUACUACCUUAGUACCUACCAACCGCAAAAAUAAGCUCUCUGUAAAUUGCUAGUUUCCUUUAGCAUUUAAAAAAAGUCGGCGUUGUAAAUUUUGUUAUUAUUGUCUUUCGCUUGUUUUAUUAUAAUUAUUGCUCACUUUAUUGAUUUAAUUUAUCGUACCCGUUGUCCCAGGGAUGGACAGUUUGCGGUAUUACAGCCUGAUUGCGAGACAUUCUGUUGCGGAUGUUUUUUUGCAUGUAACUGAUUGCAAUAAGAGUCCGUUUGGUUUCGCAAUUAUAUUGUUGCGUUGGUACAGUUACUGUACAUAAGAGCAAACCACGUCUAUUUAUUAUUUUCCUAACCAAAGUAAGGGCUACCUGUAGGUAUUGCUGCUUAGCCUGUGAAAUAUAUUGUUAAUUCUAAUAUAUAUUUGUAUUUUUGUUACUUGUUUCGUAUUUUAGUAUCGAUAAAUUAUGAUGAUAAAAAUCACGCACUUCCAUGAAAAAAUAUUAAUAUAUACAAAAUAUACCUCAAGAUCUUAAUUUGAUUAUUGCAUUUGAUACUGUACUUAUAGUAUAUAAUUAUUAUAAAUACCUUCGCGUAGAGCUAUUUUAAGCUUGUAACCCGUAUGAUUUAUGUCAGCACAAUAGGUACAGUCAACGUCAAAUACUUUGUAGCAACCAAAGUAGCCAAAUAGUUCGAUACACCAUAUAUUUAGUAUGGUAUACCGAACUAUUUGGCCACUUUGACUGCUACAAAUUAUUUGACGCUGACUGUACUAUUAUUUAUAUAACGGUAUGAAGGAAUCAUGUCCAUUACUGUCAUUGUAUUGAAACUAAUACUUUGAGCUUUAAAGUUCCAAAUGGCUUCACGCGAGGGUAAUUAUUUAGAAAUUCUAGGAGUAUUGUCCACUUUUAUAUUGUUGUGUUAAGUAAGAUGCAUUUAAAUGUUGUCGAUUUGUGAUAAUAAAACUAGAAUAAAACAUUGAAA